GAUAUCGAUAGACAGUUUUAUUUUGUAAAUACAAUUUAAAUUAAACAAGCUAAAAUAAUAUCCAUGAAACCGGUGGCUAUCCGGCCGAAGGCACCUGGAGCAGGCAACCGCGGAGCCCUGCGGCUGCCAGCUAGGAAGCCGCCCAAAAAGCGCAUGUACCACUGCGGCGUUUGCUUGGCGGGAUUCCCUGGUCAUCUGGCCACCAAGCGGCACGAGCAGCAGUGUGCGGCCAGGCUGAGGCGUCUGUUCGUCUGCCGCCACUGCCUAACGCUCUUCGGCGAGGAGGCCCGACUGGAGCGGCACCGGGAGCGAAAGCACGUCGACGGUCAGUUCCUGUGCCUGCAGUGCGGCAAGCGGUAUGCGUCCGCCACGUUUCUGUACCGUCAUGUGGUCAGCUGGCACGGCGAGCAGUCGGUGUUCUACUGCGCCAUGUGCGCGGACAACUGCAACGAUGUCAAGACCUUUAGCGGUAUGCUGGAGCUUCAGCAGCAUGCCGAGGAGGUGCAUAGCCUGCGUUCCCUGGAGUCCACCGCCAGUGAUACAGGCAGUCAGGUCGAUGAAACGGAGGACCUUGAGAUGCUGGAGGAGAACAUCGAGGACAUACUGCCCAGCAUUGACUGGGACGACGAUCUGACCUUUGGCUGGCCCAUGGACCUAAACAAGGAGUCGUGUAUUUUGGACACAAAGCCAAGUGUUUUCGUCUGUCCCUUCUGCGCCAACGGAUUCACCGGCAGUCUGAGUUUAGUGCGGCACCUGGAAGAGGUUCACGAACGCAGUCCCCAGGAAUGCUGCUACUGUGGCAAGAGCCAUGGCAGUCGGGAAGCCCUGCGUUCCCACCUGCAACGUGUCCACGUUCUGUUGCGCAGUCAUGUGUGCGGCAUUUGCCAGGCGGACUUCGCCACCGCCGAUCAUCUGAAGAAGCACGUGAACAGCCAGCACCUGGACCACCGACCGCACCUGUGUCCCACCUGCGGCAAGAGAUUCGCCCAGCGGUGCCACCUCACCCAGCACAUGGCCACGGAUCGCGGCCAUGGGCAAGGCAACUUCGUCUGCCAACUCUGCCUGUGGCCCUUCUUCCGGGCCAUCGAUCUCGAACGGCAUGUGUGUAAGAAGCAUCCGUGAGGCAGUCAUCCUAGUGGGGAUGCUAGCUUUAAUAUUGGGUAUUUAUACUUUAAAGUCUAUAUCGGGGGUAUCGCAAAUGUUUUUCUGAGCGAACCUGAACUUGAAAAUCGUAUUUUAAUGUUUGCUGUAAAGUAACUGCUUACAAGACGCCUUAAUUUACAACUUUAGAACAUACUUAUAUUAUAAAUGUAACCAAAAUUCAAGUAAGAUGGCUAAUAGACAAAGUUAGUAUGUGUAAAUUUAUCUGACUAAAAUAGCAAAAAAUUAAGUUAGACUGUAAGAAAAGAUUGUCUAAAGACAGUUUACAGAGUCACUGCUGUUUAAAUUGUUUAAAUAGGCUAUUUUGCUGUACUGAAAUAAAUGUUUCGAAAAUAA